AUCAUUGUCAUUGAAUAGUACACAUUACAAACAUAGUGGAUGUAUAGUUGAUUUUUUUGUUUGUUUGCUUAUUUGCUAAAUAAAUUAUGCUAUUGGAUUCAAUGCCGACUGUUGCUUUAGAUUAUGAUGUUGAUAAUAAUACCGGCAUUGGAGCAAGUAUUAUUACAGGCGGUAAUGCUACAAUACAAUCACCCCAUCAUCAUCAUCAUCAUCCACAAUCACAAUCACAGCCACCGCCAAUAGCCGAUGAUUCGAUGAAAAUGAUGAACAUGAUGAUGAUGACAUCGUCAUCACCGUUAGCCGAAACAAUAUCGGCUGGUCAUAAUUUAGAUAUUAUCACCAAUUAUGUGGAUUCAUUCUUACAGGCUGAUUCUUUUUUUCCACAAUUAAAUGAAUUAUUAAAAGUUUCACCCGGAUUUGUAUCGAUAUCUGGACGACGAGAUUUUGAUUAUCCAAAUCUUGAAGAAUAUGGUAAUUCAUUGAAAACACUUUCACAAUUUGUUGGUCUUAAAACAAUUCCAUUGCCUAAACUUUUGAUUGAACAAUUUGGUCAAAUGGUUCAACGAUGUGAAAUGGGUAUCUUUGCCAAUAUUGGACGUGCUUGGCUGGCUAUCGAUACAAAUGUUUAUCUAUGGAAGUAUGAUACCGGUACCGAUGUUGCCUAUUAUGAUGCUCUUUCACGUAUGAUAAUCAAAGUAGAAUUGGUGAAACCCAAACAAGGUGUUCUUAAAUCACACAUCAAAUACAUUCUCGUAUUGGUUACAUUUACCGAAAUCAUUUUGUUGGGCAUCACUUUCAGUGGUGAUGUGAAUAAUCCUGAUGGUGAUCAGGGAGAUUUGUUGGUUAUGCCUGAUCCAUUAUUUACAUUACCAACGGAUAAUGUUGAAGUGAAAGUUAUUCAAUCUACUGAUGAUGGUCGAAUAUUUUUCGGUGGUAAUGAUGGAUCACUUUAUGAAAUUCAUUAUCAAGCUGAUAAUGGUUGGUUUGGUGGAAAAAGUUGCCAUAAAAUUAAUCAUUCAGCUAGUUAUUUAUCGUUUUUGGUGCCUAAAAUAUUGAAAAACUAUAAACAAGUACCCAUUAUACAGAUUCAAAUUGAUAAAACACGUAAUAUACUAUAUACAUUGAAUGAAGAAGGUGAUAUCGAAGUAUUCGAUCUUGGCAUUGAUGGUAAAUCGGCUCAACGUGUUGUACAAAAAUCACUUACAUCCAUAACACGUGAAGCGAUCGCUGCAGCAUCUGCUAUCGAUGAAAUGAAUUUCAAAUCAAUCGUAUCGAUUAAUUCAAUGGAAGAAUGUGAAUCAAUUUAUAUAAAUUUAGUUGCCGUUACAAAAACUGGUGUUCGACUUUAUUUCACUACGACAUCAUUGAAUACACCGGAACAACGACCAUUUGGUUUAACAUUAUUACAUAUUCGGUUACCACCUGGUUUCGCUGCUUCAUGUGGUCAACAUCGGCCAACAGCCGUACAACAAACUCAUUAUAAGAAAGGAAAUUUUAUUUUCAUUUCAUAUCAAACUGAUAACAAAGAUACAUUAUGGACAUUAAGUUCGGAUUCAUUUGCAUUCCGAAAUGAAUUAAGUGAAUUAUAUACGAUUAUACCAUUGAAGACAAGAAUCUGGUCAAUGGCUGAAGAACCACAGAUUGUUGAAUAUAAACCAUAUCAAAGUUUAUUCUUUAAGAAUAAAACAUUUGCAUUAGAAACACCGGCCAUCGUUACACAGCAUAUUGAAAUGCCACAAAAAUUUGUUUUCCUAACCGCACAGGGCGUAAUUGUUGGCUAUAAACCACGUUUAGUUGACCAGUUGAAACAAUUGUUGAUGGAAAAUCAAGGCUACGAUAAUGAUGCGGUUAAAUCAUUUUUUCAUCUACAUAGUGGUUCAUUUCAAUCGAAUGCCUGUGUAUUUGCUUUGAUAUUGGCCUGUGAUUCACAACCAACUGGUGAAGAAAAAUUAAUUGAAUGGGCAACAUCGGCAUUUUUUCAUUAUGGAUCGGAAAUGUUAAAUUCAACACAACAUCCAAUACAUCAAUCGAAUGUACAAACAUCAACACCAUUCAUAUCGACGCCUUUGGCCAGUCCAUUGAUGACAAUAAGUCCAGGUGUUGGACAUCAAGAUCGAUUACCAAGUCCUGUACGUCCAUAUGAUAGUCCGUAUAAGACGAAUCUAAUGAAUCGUUUUGAUAUGAAUCAACAACAAACACCAUUAUCAUCACUAUCACCACCACCACCACAACAGCAUCAGCAACAACAACAACAAUCACAACAAGCUCAUUUUCCAUUGCAAAAUUGUUCGGGAAAAUGUCGUGGUCUUUUCAUUUAUUUUUCACGUAUCAUUCGACCUAUAUGGAAUUUGAAAGCAAUUUCAAUAAAUCAAAAACAAACACCAGAAGGACCAAAAGAAUUACUUACCAGUAAUAUAUCGGUAGAUGAAAUUAAAGUAUAUCUACUUCGUUUAACAUCUUUAUAUAGUUUUCUAAAGAAAAAUAUGAAAUUCACAGAAAUAGAAUCGGAUAAAUAUUUGAAUUCAUCAUCAUCAACAUCAUUCGCUAUCAAUGAUCAACAACAAAUGUUUGAACGUAAUCUAUUGUUUGGUCUAUUCAAAUUGAUUGAACAUUGUCUUGAAGUAUUGAAUCUAUGGAAAUUAUUAUGCAUACAUCAAUUCCAUGUGAUUGUUGCCAAUUUGACCACAGAUAAACAGAAUCAAUUAUCAAAUAUGAAUUUUAAAGAAUUAACAAUUUAUGGUAAUGAAAUGACAACAUUAUUGGCCAGUGCAUUGGUACAACGAUUUAUUGAAGAUCAUUCAACAACUGAUAUUAUUAAUCGACGUCUACAGGAUGUAUGUCCAUCUAUUUAUAAAAAUGAAAAUGCUUUACAUGCCAAAGUACAUGAAAUGGUAUUGAAAUCUAAAUCAUAUACCAAUGAAAAUGAUCGUAAAAUUUUAUUAGAUAAUGCAUUGAAAUUGUGUAAAAAAAUUGGUCCAAGAAUCAAUUUACAAGCCAUUUGUGAUCUAUUUCAAUCGAUUAAUUGGUAUGAAGCUAUUGUUGAUAUUUGUCUUAAUACUGGACAACAACGUGAUCCACAAAGUUUAGCAUUACAUUAUUAUAAAAAUCGAGAUAAAAUGGAUGCCGAUUUACAAGUGAAAAAUGUCUAUGAUUCUCGUAUCGAAUGUUAUCGGCUAUUAUUAGAUGUAUAUGGUCGUCUUGUACAACAAAGUAAAUCAUUGCUUAGUCCACGAUCAUCAUCAUCAUCAUCAUCAUCAUCAUCGGCAACAAAAUUAUCAAUGGUGGAUUAUCCUAAUCCUGAUGAAGCUAAACAAUCUGCAUUGACCAUUCUACGUAUGGCAACACAAUCGAAUGAUGAAUUAUUUCAUUAUACACUUUAUAAUUGGCUUUAUGAACAUAAUCAGAUGGAUAAAUUAUUGGAAAUUAAAUCACCAUAUCUAGAAGCAUAUUUAAAGGAGAAAACAUCGGAAAUUAAUGAUUCAAUUGCAUUAAUGGAUUUUCUUUGGCUUUAUUAUGAACGUAAUGGCCAUUUUAAUGCUGCAGCACAAAUAUUGGCAAAAUUAGCGGAACAAAAUUCCACUGAAAUACCAUUAUAUAAACGGAUUGAAUAUUUAAGCCGUGCUAUUGUUUGUAUGAAAAGUUUAGAUGCACGUCUAAUUACGAAUAGUUCAUAUGGUUCGGCUGGUGAAUUUCUACAUAUGUUGGAAGAAAAAAUCGAAGUAGCACGUAUACAGAUGCAAUUGUUGAAUACAUUGGAAAAAAUAAAACCAUCAAGAUAUGAAGAAGCUAUACAGAUGUUAAAUCAACGUUUAUUGAAUGUAACAUCAUUAUAUCAGGAUUUUGCUGAACCAUUUCAACUUUAUGAAUGUCAAUUGAAAAUAUUAUAUUGUGCCGGUCAUGAUGAUAUUAGUUUAAUUGAAAAUAUUUGGCGUAAUAUUCUGGAUAUGGAAUUAUGUUCAGUUCGUUUGGCUGAUUCACAAACACGGCAAACAUUGUUGCGUAAUAAAAUCAAAGAAUUGGGUGCUCUUUAUCUGAAUACAGAGAAAUUUUUUCCACUAGAAUUGAUAAUCACCAUACUGGAAUCAUCAUCACCAUCAUCAAUAGCUAAUCAAAAUCAAACAUAUGAACCAUAUUGGCUAGUGGAAACAUUGUUGACAUUAAAAAUUCCAUUAAUUAAUUUGUUUGAAAUUUAUCACAAGAUUUAUAAAUCACGAAUCAAUUAUAAAUCUACUGGCGGUAUCACAUUGGAUCCAAUCAAUUUAUUGGACAUUUUAAUCUAUUUGAUUAAUCAAUUGGAUAAUUGCCAUAUGAAUUCUAUUGAUAGACAAUUUUUCGCUUCCAAAGCAUUGGAUCUAAUAUCUGGCUAUAACAACGAUUUGUUAUUAUUUUCAUCAUUGUUUGAUUCAACCGAAACAAGAUUGGUGAAAAUUCGUAAUGAAUUGAAUCGAACGAAAAUUUAUUUGGAACGUAAUGUUGUUAAAUGAACAUUUGUGUGUAUUUUCAUAUAUAUGUGUGGAUCAAUCUUGCUGCUGCUGCUGCUUACAUCACAUUAUCAUCAUGAAAUUUUUUUUUUAUUUAUCACUCACUAAUCGGACUAAAUAAUUAAUGAUUAAACUAUGUGGAUAACCUCAA